AUGUCUGUGGAGUAAACAUCCGUGUUUUUUGCACGGAUUAUAUAACAUUAGAUUAUAUAGUCCUUGGUUUGUUGUUGCAUGAACGCGCAAGAAAAGAUCGAUGUGAUUGGUUCGCUUUUGAUUUAGAGGGUUUUUGACGCGAUAAUUUAGCAGAGAUUCGAGUAAACAGGAAAAAAAAAAAACACCUGACCAGUAUAUUUUCAACAUCUCCAGCGCUUAAUGUCUAGACACUGUGGACCUUUGAAUAAAAUAAGUACGUUUUGACAAUUAUCAAGUAAAGAAAAUAUGCAUUUCAGAAUUUUGGGUAGUUUAGGAUAGAUGAAAUGGUAGCCGUAUUAGUCCAGAGAUGAUAGACAAAGAGAAGGAGAUGUGAUACCUUUUAUUGGACUAGCUAAAUAAUAAUUAUUCACAAGCUUUUAAGACCCCAAAGGUCUCUUCUUCGGGUGGAAGUAGGAAAGAGAGAUUGAUGUUUACAUUCAAAGGUUGCAUUAGAACUUUAACAAAAAGAAAUUACUUUUGAAUUACUGCAGUUCUAAUGUAAGGGAAAAAAAGCUGCAUAGUUUAGGGUCAUUCAUAAAAAUGCCUUGGGUCCAAAAAAAUGCUUAAUCCUGUCCAAGUGUGUGUGUGAUUAAUUUACCGUGGUCGUUAUUUUCACCUUACCCAGAGAAGUGAAGAUUUUGCAUACAAAACUUCAGUACUAAUUCUUAGUGCAGUUCUUCAUCUUGUCAACAGAGGCGCUGUGGAUGCUAUCAGAACGUUUUUUUGAUGGUUCAUGGAUGUCGUGAGUUUUCUUCUUGUUCAGCUACUUCCGGAUCAGGUUGUUUACUUUGGGCUCUACUCGAUGUUUUUUCAUUCUUAAAACAUUUAACAAUCACCGAAUAAGACAUUGAGUACAUUUUAAAAAUUUUAAGCGCUAAUAUUGUAUUUUACAUCAACAAGAGCUAUUUGUCGGAGCAAGUGGAUGAUGAAGCGGGACCGGCGCUGUCGGUUCCGCGCUUCGGUGCAGGAGGCUCAGCUGGGACAGCAGGCUGUUGUGAGUAAACGAGGCGGCCGCCGUGGAAGACCGCGAUCUGCUGCUGGGGAGACCCAGGCAGGGGCUAGGAACGAAGGGAGCCAAGGGAGACCAGAGGAGCAUGUGAAUGAGACCGGCAUUGAAGUACAGCACACAGACGAACGCCUCGCCCCUUCAGCUGUAGUAGGUGGUGGUGAAGGAGGAUCAGAGGAAUCGGGUACAGGAAGGACUGUAACCACUGCAUUCUGCCGGCUUUGCCAUGGGAAAUUUUCAUUCCGGAGCCUGCGAAGUGCCUUUGGGAAGAUCCCUGUGAUUGGACAGGGUCCCAGGAAGAAGCAGAAACAGCAGGUUUUCUUUGCUGAUUUCCAGCAUCUGCUGGGUAUGCCAGUGAUGCAGGAUCCAGUCCUCUCCCAGUUUAUCUGCAAGAACUGCCACACCCAGUUCUAUAAAUGCUCCAGCAUCCUACAGGCGUUUAUCCAGCAGGUUAACGUGUCACCAACUGGGAGAGUGAGGUCAGGGUGCAGGGGAAAUUCAUUUUCUGUAAAUUCAGAUGCAGAGAAUUCAAGUUUUGAUGAUCUGAUUACAUCAAGUCCUGGGUGUUUGCGUAGCCUGGUAUCCUGGGCACAUCAGCAUGCCGGGUCGUGCCAUUCCUCCCCCAGCCUGCAGGAGGUGAUGGCGUCAGAGUACUGUGGGGUGGUCCGGGCAGUCUGGACAUGUGGAGACGGACAUAAUUACAUAAUGGACACUGGCUCUGAUCGCACCCCACAGGGGCUGCAUUCUGCAGAAGAAACAGUGAAACCAGAGGGAGAGGAAGGAUCAGGAGAGCCAGCUUCAGGGAACAGUUCUACAGAGCAUGGCAGGCAGCCACAGCUGGCCACAACGGAGCCUUGCAGCUCGGAUUGUCAGCAGUCCAGUUACCCGUCGGCAACAACGCUGGUGACAAACGUAUCGCACCACCAUAUAGAGAGUAAUAAAAAUGCACAGCAAUCACCUUUUGACAGCAUUGAAGGACAGUUAAGCAGUAAAGAGGUGCCCAGUUCAGUGCCACCAGGAGAGGCAUUGGAUGGGGAAGAGGAAGAUAGUGAUCUGUCCGACAGCUCUAUCCUAAUUCUGUCAAGCGACGAUGAGGAAAAGACAAAAAACGGCUCCUCGGAUGAGUUAUUUGAACCUUACCCAGAGAAGAAUAAAGUUUCAAAAAAGAGUGAGAGCAAAGAGGCAAAAAAGACGACUGAACCAAAAGUAAGGAAGAAACCAGGUCCGAAGCCAGGAUGGAAAAAGAAAAUUAAAACUGAAAGUUAUAGAGAAGAGCUGCCUACAAUUUAUAAGUGUCCUUACCAGGGCUGCACUGCUGUUUAUAGGGGGGCUGAUGGAAUGAAGAAACACAUCAAAGAGCACCACGAGGAAGUCCGUGAGAGGCCCUGUCCCCACCCAGGUUGUAAUAAGGUGUUCAUGAUAGACCGAUACCUGCAGCGCCACGUGAAGCUCAUACACACAGAGGUACGGAAUUACAUCUGUGAUGAAUGUGGACAAACAUUUAAACAGCGGAAACACCUCUCAGUUCAUCAAAUGCGGCAUUCUGGAGCGAAACCUCUGCAGUGCGAAGUCUGUGGUUUCCAGUGCCGGCAAAGGGCUUCUCUUAAAUACCACAUGACGAAGCACAAGGCAGAGGCAGAGCUGGACUUUGCUUGCAACCAGUGUGGAAAACGAUUUGAAAAGGCCCAUAACCUGAAUGUCCACAUGUCCAUGGUGCAUCCCUUGACCCAGAAUUCGGAUCAGAACAAAUCUUAUGGAAUUGUACAACUACUACCACCUGGUGACCCGCAGGGAAUGCCAGAAACUCUUACAGAACCAUUAACCCACCAGGGGACUACCAGCUGAAACACAAGCCAGGAGAGAAGCGGGAGUUUUGUAGAAGAUGCACUAAUCAGAACUCGGGUACUGAUUUAUUUUAAGAUCAUACUCAAAAAAGGACUGCAGUGUUACAAUUACAAUUGUCUUAGUCAAGCCAGCAGCAUAUAUAUACUAGCAUUCAGGUUUAAUACCACUAGAAGAGAAUUCAUCAGAAUUGUGUGCGAGAUACUUAGCGCUUUGUCACUAUUUUAGGUGCAAACACACAAAAUAAUAAAACAAAAGGUUUAAAUAUUACAAGUUAACAGUAAACUGGCCCAAAAGCAAUAAGGACUGCCUAACAUUAAGGUUUUUUUUGUUUUUUUUAAACUGUGACAUUUUUAUAAAUUUCUAAAUGAAAUGUGUUUUUAUUCUGCUUUGUAUUUAUGGGCUGAUUUGCACCUCUAACAUUUAUUACAGAAGUGAUUUAUUUCUGUAUUUUAGGUUAAGUGUACCAUUACUGUACCAAGGCAAAAAAAAAAAAAAAAAAAAAAAUCUGAAAAAAGUGCCAUGUAAAAAUAAUUUAUUUUUUCCUAUCUACAACCUUUGAGCAAAUAUUACAAAAAUGUUUAUAUGCACUUGCGCACUGUAAUAGGGUUCGAUUCUCAAACUAUUCGUAAAUGACUUUUCUGACUGAAGUAUGAUACGACUGUGGCUUUAGAUUUCAUUUACAAUUAUAUGCAAAUUAAGGUACAGAAAUGUCAUGUACUAAAUAUUGAAUUAGUUUGUGAUAUGUAAUGUUCAUAGGUUUCUUUAUUAUUAUAGUAGUAAAUGCUAGUCCCUUCGCUAAAAUGUUAUCAGACAAGUUUUAUCCUGUACAGGAACACCUGCUUCCACACAAUCAGUGUACAGAUUUUUAUAAAUAAAUAUAUAUAAAAAGAGAUGUUUUGCCAAGUGUAUGAAUUGAUGAGGCAUUUUAAAGGUUAUGUGGUCAUUCAGCAUGUACAAACAUUUUCACUAUGAGUUUCCAGGACAGCAUGUGAAUGCCUACAUCAAGUCAGGUGUAAAGGAAAAGAACAAUGUGAUGUUUGUGCCUGUAAAAGUAUAUUUAAAAAAACAUUUUAAAAAUUGCAGAGAGUACAUUUAAAUGAUAUCUUGAUAUUCGUCAGCAUAAUUUGCUAAACAUUAAAAUGGACUGUGUAGUUAAAUCAGAUCUGAUAGUGCGUGCAUUUAAAGUAGUUUUUUUAUACAAUAAACAGGUAUGAAUAUAGUGUAAAUAGAUCAUCUUGGUUUCUAUUCCAUAGUUUAGUAUGCGAGACAACUUUUGUUGAACAGGAUUAUUGUUUAGGAAAAAGGUUUAGUUCCUUUUUAUAUUUUUUAUUUUUGAAAAAUCACUACAUAUUUUUACAAUUUUGUGAAAAAAAAAUGUAAUGGAUAAUACUGAUUAACAAAAAAUGCUAUCAUGUUUCAAAAUCGUAGGGCAAGCUAAAUGAACACUUUCAGAACCAUCUUGCUUUAUCGAGCAUUUCUGUUAUGGCUAUGAUAAAAAAAUUCAAUUCAAUUGUGUUUUUAUUUGAACACCCUUGUAAACCAACAACAGACACUUCAAAUAAAAUACUGCUUUCAGUUUUCAAGGUUAAGCUACUGAAAUUUAUAUUUGUUUCUGAACAGUAUAUCAACCCAUAAAGUUUGAAACAUUCUUGAGUAAAGUUUACUUUGCAACAACAUUUCAAUGCACAAUAUUGAACUUUUUUUUUUUAAUUUUU